AGCCAGGAGCAGCGUUCUUCUCUUAGUCGCGUCGCGAUUGUUGAUCCGAUCGGUUCCGAGUUAGCAGUUAAUUGCAGCCCAUCAUAUUGUUCGACGGAAAGCGUGAUAUUAUAAUUUCAAACUAACAGUCGUGCACGAAACGAAAGCGUCAUUGCGUCGCAGCAAUAAAACUCAGUCAUUUAGGAACGGAAAAUGUUCCUGUUGGUGACGGUGUUUUUUGCGGUCGUUAGUCUGGCCGUUUUUGUGUAUCAAAAGUUCGCGAACCAGCUGUAUUAUGGAGCGAAGAUCGGUGGACCGAAGUGUUACCCCCUAGUGGGAAAUGCAUUUAGAUUCAUUAACAAGUCUCCACCUGAUUUUUUCCUCACCAUCGAGAGGACUGUCCGCGAAGCGGGGAAAUGCUUCCGCCUUUGGCUCGGUCCAGAGCUGCUCAUUAUCGUAACGGAUGCUAAGGUCGCCGAGGGCGUCCUGAGCAGUCCCAAGUUCAUCGAAAAGUCCGGCGAAUAUAACUUCAUCCGACCGUGGCUCGGGGACGGAUUGCUGACGAGCAGCUACCGAAAAUGGCACUCCCAUCGGAAAAUCAUCACACCAACGUUCCAUUUCAAGAUUUUGGAACAGUUUGUAGAGAUCUUCGACAGCCAGAGUAACAUCCUGAUCGAUAAGCUGACCCCGUUCAUGGAAAGCGGGGAAACGUUUGACGUGUUCCCGUUGGUAACACUUUGCGCCUUGGAUGUGAUCUGUGAGUCUGCUAUGGGAACAAAGGUAAAUGCACAGAUCCAUUCUGACUCGGAGUACGUACAAGCCGUGAAAGAGAUCACAACGAUUAUCCACAUCCGAACGUACGACGUCCUUGCACGUUACGAUUUCCUGUUCAACCUGUCGUCCUACCGGAAGAGGCAAGACAAAGUCCUGGAAGUUCUGCACGGUUAUACCAACAGUGUAAUUCGAUCCAGAAGGCGCGAAUUAAGUGAUGCCAAGGAGGCAAACCCCGAUAAUAAUGCCACCUCUGAGCUCGGAAUUCGUCGGAAAGUCGCCUUCCUGGAUAUGUUGCUACAAGCUACGGUCGAUGGACGGCCCCUGACUGAUGUGGAAAUUCGCGAAGAAGUCGACACAUUCAUGUUCGAAGGGCACGACACGACAACAUCGGCCAUUAGUUUCCUGCUGUACAGGUUGGCCAAGCACCCAGAGGUCCAGCAUAAAGUUUACGAUGAAAUAAAGGCUGUGAUAGGAGAGGGUAUGACAGGACCGGUUACUCUUUCCAUGCUAAAUGAGCUCCAUUACCUGGAAUUGGUGAUUAAGGAAACCUUGCGGCUGUAUCCGUCAGUGCCUUUCUAUGGACGAAAAGUGCUGGAGAACAGUGAAAUCGAGGGAACAACCUUCCCAGCGGGGUCCAAUCUAAUCCUGAUGCCGAUGUUCAUGGGUCGUGAUCCGGAGUAUUUCGACGAUCCGCUGGAAUUCCGACCGGAGCGUUUCGAGAAGGAAAUUUCCGCGGAGAAGGUCAACCCCUACCGGUACAUUCCGUUCAGUGCUGGACCACGGAACUGCAUCGGGCAGAAGUUUGCGAUGGCGGAGCUGAAAAGCGUGGCCAGCAAAGUGCUGAGGCAUUUCGAAGUGUUGCCACCGGAAGGUGGCCAGGAGGAAUCGUUUAUCGGGGAAAUGAUACUGCGGCCCACGUACGGGGUUUUGUUGAGAUUGAAAAAGAGACAGUGAUAUUUUGAUAAUGCUUUUUAUUUGUACAUGAGAUGUGAUAUGAUAGUUGCAAUUUAUAUACGAAUUUUUAUUUAUAAGGAUAUUUUUGAAAUAUAUUAUUGUUGUUAUUUGUAAAGAAAA